AUGAGGAAAUUCUCUCUGAAAUUUCGGCAAUCUGUUGAAUCAGCUCAUAUCAGUCGUUGGAUCACUAACGUGAUGAGCCGUGGUGUAUUGGAUCUUGAUCUUGACACACGCACCAGAGAAGAGAAUAUUAACCUUCCUUUAGAGAUCUUUACUUGCAAGACAAUUGUUAGGCUAAAAAUAGGAAGCCUCAUUGAGAUUGCUAAGGAUGCUUCUCUUCCGGCUCUUAAGAGCUUGUUUCUUCAUUGUGUUUGGUUCUCUGGUCGCGAGGUUGAAACUUACAUCUCUGCUUGUCAUGUUCUUGAGGAAUUAACCAUACUUGGUGAAACUAAUUGGGGUUCAGAACAAUGUCGUAAGGUUUCAUGUCCGACCCUUGAGAGACUUACUCUUCAUUGUAAAUCUUCUCAGGGAAGUAAGGUUUCUAGGCGCAUUACGUUUGAUACUCCGAAUCUUGCUUACUUACAAUACCGUGAUUAUGUUGCGGAUGAGUAUCCAAUUGUUCAUUUUGGCUCCUUUGUGGAAGCUAUGCUUACUCUUGAUUCGAUGAGAUCUAUUAGCAAUCCAAAGAAUCUGAUUAAGGGGUUGAGAAACGUGGAGAUCUUCCAAGUGCAAGAUCCAGUUCGAGUUUAUUCCUCCUCGAUCUUGGUAGGUCCGUUUGACCAUGAAUUUGUUUUCUAG